AUGGACGAGAAUAUAUCAUUCGAUGUGUUGUUCGAUAACAACUCUUUACCAAUUACACUGCCACUACAUGCUACUGUGUUUGACUUGAAGAGUCAACUAGAGAUGUAUACAAAUGUACCAAUACAUAAACAGAUGUUACUUGGUCUGUUAGAUAAUAAGAAUGAGACUGAAUUGGCAGCAAUGGAAUUGAAGAAUAUUGAGAUGGUUGAGGUGGCUGAUGCCACUGGUGAGCCUGCAGUAGUGGAAGAGCCACAUAUUCAACCACAAGUACUACCACCUCAUCCUCAACCUCAACCUCAACCUCCACAUAUUCCUCAACAUUUCAUUCCACAUCCACGUCCAUUCGUACCACCUCAGCCAGAGUAUAUUGAUGCCGAUCAGGAUAUGGACUAUGAAGAUGAAAACAAUGAUGAUCAAAACAAUGAUGACAACAUACAAGACAAUGAUAUCUAUAGACAGCAUCAAUUCGCCGAGAACUACAACGCACGUUUUGGCACUGGAAACUCUCUGACAGAGUUCCUCGACAGCGUGUCCUACCCUUCCUUUGCCUCGGACUACCUCGAGAUGGCCCACAUGUUGGUCCCAACGCCCUUCCAAGGUUCAUACAAAGAUGCCCUGACCGAGGCCCGCAGAACUGGCAGGCUCGUCCUUGCCUACCUUCACAGUCCACAGAAUCCAAAUGCUGACAACUUCUGCAUGGAUAUACUGGCAUCAGAGGAGAUCUUUGAGUUUAUCAACACAAACUAUGUAUUCUGGGUGGGUACGAUCAACCCAACUGAUGAGAAGAGACUAUUGCAAUUGGUACCAUUUGAGGGAUAUCCAAUCGUUGGCAUCGUUGCCAACUUUGGAGGAGGAACCCCUGAGCUUCUACAUCUAUUGCAGGCUAAUAUUGUCAGAGACCAAUUCUACAACCUCUUGGUCAACGAGAUCACUGUCAAUGAGGUUAAACUUCAAAGAUUGAGACAGGAGCAGGAGGAAACAGAUGCUCAAAGGAGGAUUGUAGAUGAACAGAAUAGGGAGUACCAGGAAUCAUUGAGAGCGGAUAUUGAGAAGGCAAGGAAGGAGGAAGAGGAGAAGAAGAGAGUGUUGGCAGAGGCAAAGGCUGUUGAGAACAAGAAGAGUGAAAAGUUGAGUCAUGGCAAGCUGGUGCCCCCUGAGCCUCCAAAGGGUCCAGAGUCCACACACAUCAUUUUCAAACUACCAGACGACACCAAGAUCGAGAGAAGGUUCAACUCAACAGACACAAUCCAAACAUUGGCAUACUUCUUGGAUGGCUCUGGAGUCGAGUUGGAAAACUAUCAGUUCAGCAUGACAUUCCCUCGCAAGGUCUUUGGCAAACAACAGUAUAACCUCACAUUGAAGGAAACAGACAUACAUCCACAAUGUCUUCUGAAUGUCCGUUCUGAAGACGACUGA